AUGGUGUUGAUCAACGAAGAGAUUGAUCCUUACGCACAAGAAGAAAUCACUGAAGAGGACAGCGAAGCUGAAUGCAUCGACUAUGACCAGCUCAAGAAACGCAUGUGGAAGGACAGGAUCUUGCUACAGAAGCUGAAGGAAAAACGAGACAAAGAAGAGCCAGACCAAAAUGCAAAACAAGAAGCUUCAAGACGCAAGAAGAUGUCAAGAGCACAAGAUUCUGUCCUCAAGUACAUGGUGAAGAUCAUGGAAGUUUGCAACGCCCAAGGUUUUGUCUAUGGUAUCAUUCCAGAGAAGGGAAAGCCAGUGUCUGGUUCUUCUGACAGCUUGCGAGAGUGGUGGAAAGACCAAAUCCGCUUUGACCAAAAUGCCCCUGUUGCCGUUUCUAAGUACUUGCCACUCCUUGAGAAGGGUGAGAUGGAUCUAACUUCUUAUAUACACCUCCUUCAAGACCUACAAGACUCUACUUUGGGCUCUCUCCUCUCUGCUCUCAUGCAACACUGUAUCCCUCCACAAAGAAGGUUCCCUUUGGAAAGAGGAAUAACUCCACCUUGGUGGCCCACAGGAGAAGAAAUUUGGUGGGGUGAGCAAGGGCUUCUGGCCCAAGAACAUGGCCCACCACCUUAUAAGAAGCCUCAUGAUUUGAAAAAGGCUUGGAAAGUCUCUGUCUUAGCUGCAGUUAUCAAACACAUUUCUCCUGAUUUGGGUAAACUUAGAAGGUUGGUUACUCAGUCCAAGACCUUGCAAGAUAAGAUGACAGCCAAGGACAAUGCUACUUGGUCUAAAGUAGUGAAUCAAGAAGAAGUUUUGCUUAAACUAACUGAGAAGUGCCUCAAAAUAUCUUCAGAGAAAGAUGACAACAAUGAGGAAGGUGAAAGUUCUGCUCAAGUUUUAAAUGUUGUGGAUGAACCCUCCUCCUUAGGUAGCAGAUCAAGUGAGAAGAGGAAGUGUGUUUUUGAUGGUGGCGUUACCGUGGAUAAGCUAUAUGCUUGUCAAAAUUUCGAGUGUCCACAAAGUGAGAUGUCUAUGGGGUUUAGAGAUAAAAACUCUAGGAUGGACCAUGAAUCCCUUUGUGCUUACCGCACAGAAGAAAGCCAUGUUCCUUUCCUUGGUUCUCUCUCCAAUGAUGCACCACUCGCAACCUUAGAUGAUUGGAUGAAUAUGGCUAAUCUUAGCGAUGUGAGCGGGGGAAAGAUUGCUGGUGGGAGUGAGACACUAGACCACAAUAAUGCAGGAUAUUGGCUUAAUGGUAUUGAUGAUCUUGAAUUGCAAGCAGCACUAGAGAUGGUAAGAGAUAAUGUGGACUUGACUCAAAAUCUAGCACAAGCACUGAUUCCACAAGGCCAAGAGGAUGCAACUUCAAUGUGGGACUUAACUUAA